CACGAUUGUAAGAGGCUUAUUCUGGCAAUUGCCAAGUUAGUACUGGAUGGUUCCUAUGUGACAUCAAUUCGGCUGCAACAUUGACAGCCUCUUCUAAUGCAACCCCUAGUCGUGUAUGAAACACCAAAUUAUCGGGGUCAUCGAGCUGGAACACUGGAAUCAGAAGCAAUGGCUACUUUGCAGUGGCCUAACAUAUGUGAAAAUCCCAAUGGGCAUUGAAUUCUUGAUAUUGGCAAUUGUGAGUUGGAAUAUAGGAAUGGGCAGGCCAUUCGAUAUGCUUGCUGCGGAAGGUUUAGACAUUGAAAAUUCACCACUAAUCCAAAAGAUCAGCACUUUUAGCCUUAACUAUUCGAGAGGAGGCUGUUCAGUUAAUUUUCGGUCCAAACGUAUAGAUCUAUUCAUCGGGUCUGAUCAUCUUAGAAUGCAUAACAUCUCAGUUAUACCUUUUCAGGUACAUAUAUUGUGCCGGCUAGGGUGAUAAUGUUUCGAUCUCUCCAAAGGUCUACUCUGUCUAGCAUUAAUCCAAUGGUAGAACAUGCUCGGUAGGCUUGAUCAACUGACAUGUGUAUGUUGUUAAUAUCCAAUUGCACCUAUAUCACCUCUUUCGCACCCAUUUACCCAUGGCAAGCAACCUCCAACACGGCUGUGGUCCAUCCAGUUU